UCACUACCGGGACAGGAGGAUCGGUCCGUGCUGCAGCUCCCCGCUGGCUCUCGGAGCGCUCCACCAGAACCGGUCACGACCCAUCAGAACCCUCCAGGACCUACCAGAAUCCGCUUGAACUUGCAAGGACCAAACGUGACCCAGGACCUACCAGGUCACCUGGGCAGGUCGGGGCGUGAAGCUGUAUCGGGAUACCGGUUUGGUGCAGAUCAAAGGUCCGGACGCAGCAGGACUAGUUGGAGACCAGAGGACAGAAAGGACCUGAAGACCCUGUUCUGACCCAGAACACCCGAGGCCUGACCUGUCCAGCUGGCACCGCCACGGACCGGAUGUUGAUGCGCGCGUGAGCCGCUCGGGUGCGAAGUCCCUCCUAUUGGCAUGAAGAGCAGCAGGCCCGAGUUCUUCUGAUCCGGUUCUGACAUUUUAUCUCUUUGUUCAGUUCUGAACCUUUCCAGCCCGCAUGGGACAGAGGGAGUGAUGAACCGGGACAGAGGCGCGGUACCGGGACCGGACGGACUCCAGACCGUUACAAACCGGGACAGAACCGCGGCAGGGCCCGUGACUGACACGGUUCAACAGUCAGUGAGUCGGGACCGAGCGGUUCUUCAGGUGCCGAACGGGAUAGAAAGGGUCCAGACGCUAGUGGGCCCGGAAAGUGGAGACAUGCUGGAUCCGGGUGGUACCGGAGAGAAGCGGAUCUUCCCCGGAGCGGGGUCCGGAGGCAGAGAGGGGCAGACCGGGGAGAACAACUCGGAACCUCCACCGACGAACCCGGUGUUGGUCCCGCCACAGCAGAGCCCCACCAGUCACCGAACCACCUCCUUCUCCGUCCUGGACAUCCUGGACCCGAACAAGUUCACGAGCAGCCGCCGGUACCAGCACCAGCAGCUCCUACGCGGGGAGCGCGAGCUGAGCGCGUUUGAGGCGGAGAACCGGAGAGGAGGAAGCGGGGAGGCGAGCCGGAGCCGCUGCGGUUCGGAGGAGUACCAGACCUCGGAAGCCUUCGUGUACCGAAGCCCGGAUGAGGAGGAGUACCACCGGUCUGGGACUCCAGACUCGGAAGCUCCAGACGGAGCCUACAGCAGUGAGGAGAGUAGUUCUGCUCUUCCGAGUAACGGAGACAGAGAACUGGACCCGCACAGCCACCAGGACCCCAGCAGAGACACCAAGAGCCCAAAUGGAGGCUCUGAAGCUCAGACUGGCAGCAGCCAGGCCAGUGGGGUCCCGGGGGCCAAGCCCAAAAGGAAACGAUCCGGCUCUGAUUCGAAGUCGGGAAAGCCCCGCAGAGCACGGACUGCCUUCACCUACGAGCAAUUGGUGGCGCUAGAGAACAAGUUUAAGUCCACGCGCUACCUGUCUGUGUGUGAACGUCUCAACUUGGCUCUGUCCCUGUCCCUCACUGAGACCCAGGUCAAAAUAUGGUUCCAGAAUCGUCGGACCAAGUGGAAGAAGCAGAACCCGGGAGCCGACACCUCCGCCCCCACUGGUGCAGGAGGAGCUGGAGGCACGGGGGGAGGGUCAGGAGGAGGCUUGGGGAGCCUGAGUCCACUCAGUCCAUCCCCUCCAGUGAGUGGACACCUGGCCAUGCAUGCUGGCUACGCGGGCCACCAUCAUCCCCCUGCAGGGAGCCUGGUCCAGCUGCCCUUCCUCACAGCGAGCCACGUCCUGUCUCCGUUUAUGCUGGGGACACAGAGUUACGCUGCCCCUGCCUUCUACAGCACUCACCUCUAGGCCCCACCCCCUCCAGGGUCCUCAGACAGCAGCAGGAACCUACUGAGGAGCACCUGGAGAGGAGGACACAUGGCCCUAGUGGGCUCUGAGCUCUGCAGAGCGUGUUCAGACUGAAUAUGGAGCAGAAACUCUAGAUAAAUGUUGUUCUGAACGCAGUCAGGACUGAUAGAACUAGAGCUGAUCUCUUCCUGUUUCCUCUCAAGUCUGUACAAAUACUGAAUGUUUCCUUAAGGAAUGGCUUGAUCUGUUGUCAGAAGUUUGUACCUCCAGCUGUGCCAGUUUUUGUUUGUUAUUUAUUCAGUUUGUUGACAGUGAACCCUGGAUGUCCCCGCUCCUCUGCCCAACACCUUGUUGUCCUUUCAUAUUAAAAUAAUGACGAUUAAACAGAAAGAACAAGCCCUCAAAGUGUUUCCAUCUCCACAGCAGGAACUCCUCUCAGAGGAAAUCAGACAGGUGCGGUCCACACUGCAUGUG